CUAUUGAUUAUAUUCAAUUCUUGCACAAAGAAAAAAAGAAACAAGAGGAAGAGGUCUCCACUCUCCGGAAAGAUGUGCAGGCCUUGAAAAUCAUGAAAGUAAACUAUGAAGAGAUUGUUAAAGCUCACCAGGACAAUCCCAGUGAAGGAAAGAAUCAGGUCUCUGACCAAGUGAAGUUCAAUGUUUUCCAGGGUAUCAUGGACUCUUUGUUCCAAUCCUUUAAUGCCUCCAUCUCAGUAACAAGCUUUCAGGAGCUCUCAGCUUGUGUUUUCAGCUGGAUAGAAGAGCACUGUAAGCCACAGACCUUGCGAGACAUUGUCAUUGGUGUACUGCAACGACUGAAGAGCCAACUCUACUAAUCAAAGAGAAAGCUUUGAAGGGGCCUCAUUUGGAGAGAUAUGGCCAAGAAGCUUUAUUCCUUCCAGUAAUUCCAUUUCAAGCUUUUUUAGGGCUACAGAUUGGUUUUACCUCUGGAAUCCCGUCAGUUUACACUGCAAGCUCUUCAGAUGAGCAGAAAAAUAAUCAGCUCUCAAUUCAUCAGGAUUGCUUGCUGCCAUCUCUUUUUCAAGCCUUGGCUCUACCUGUUCCUAUGCAUAAAUGUAGUGGAUCUAAUAGAAAUGUAUUUACAAUAUACCAGGGUUUCACAAUGAGCCAAAUUCUUUUCUUAAUGUCUCUUCAUCUAUGUUUGGUAAAUACUUUUUCUAAAUGCCUAGGU